CAGGCCCGAGCCCGCACCGAGAGCGGGCCCCGCACCGAGAGGCACCGCAGCCGUAGUCCGGACCGAGACCGGGGCCAUGCAGCGCGCCCAGACCCCCGCCGCGCAGAGGCGGCCCCGGCGCACCCCACUGCAGGAGCUGCAGAUGCAGUCGGGCGCCGACCGGACCAGCCUGACCCCCCUGCUCCGCCGGCUGCGGCUCAAGGACCAUGACUGCGCCACCCCAGUGUCCUGCGCCCGGGGUCCUCGCAGCAGCGUCACCGCGGUGCCCUGCACCCCAAGAGCCCGGCGAAAUGCUACCCUGGGCACCCCCAGCAGCACCACCCCAAUGCCUUGCACCCUGGAGCCCCCCAGCAGCACCACUUUGGAGCCCCCCAGGACUUCUCCCCAGGGCCUCAGGCCUCCCAUCCUUAAGCCUGAUGCCUCUGAGGUCCCCAGCAAUUCCACCCUUAUUCCUGGUGCCUUAGAGAACUCCAGCAGCACCAGCCCAGAGGCCCCUGGCAGUCCUGUCUCAGUGUCCAACAUGCCAGAGCUCCCAGACAACACCGUGCCAGCUCCUCUGUGCAGUCCAGACCUGGGGCCCAGCACCCAGGAGCCCUCCAGCAACACUGUGCCAGCCUCUGUGUGCAACUCCAUCCCAGUGCCUGGCAUCUCAGAGUCCCCCAGCGGCACAGUGCCAGCCUCUGUGUGCAGCUCCAUCCCAAGCCCCAGCAUCUCAGAGCCCCCCAGCAGCUCCAUCCCAGUGCCCAGCAGCCCAGAGCCCUCCAGCAGCACAGUGCCAGCCUCUGUGUGCAGCUCCAUCCCUGUGCCCAGCACCCCAGAGCCCUCCAGCAGCUCCAUCCCAGUGCCCAGCAGCCCAGAGCCUCCCAGCAGCACUGUGCCAGCCUUUGUGUGCAGCUCCAUCCCUGUGCCCAGCACCCCAGAGCCCUCCAGCAGCACCAUCCUAGUGCCCAGCAGCCCAGAGCCCUCCAGCAGCACUGUGCCAGCCUCUGUGUGCAGCUCCAUCCCAGUGCCCAGCAGCCCAGAGCCUCACAGCAGCAUUAGGCCAGCCUUUGUGUGCAGCUCUAUUCCAGUGUCCAGCACCCCAGAGCCCUCCAGCAGCUCCAUCCCAGUGCCCAGCAGCCCAGAGCCCUCCAGCAGCUCCAUCCCAGUGCCCAGCAGCCCAGAGCCCUCUAGCAGCACAGUUUCUGUCCCCCUGUGCAGCUCCACCACAGAGCCUCCCAGCAGCACUGGGCCAGCCUUUGUGUGCAGUUCCAUUCCAGUGUCUGGCACCCCAGAGCCCUCCAGCAGCUCCAUUCCAGUGUCUGGCACCCCGGAGCCCUCUAGCAGCACUGUGCCAGCCUCUGUGUGCAGCUCUAUCCCCGUGUCCAGCAGCCCCAUUCCAGCUCCCAGCAGCCCAGAGCCCUCCAGCAGCACCAUUCCAGUUCCCCUGUGCAGCUCCUUCCUAGGAUCCAGCACCCCAGAGUGCCCUGGCAACGCUGUGCCCGUCUCCCUGUGCAGCUCCAUCCCAGUGGCCGGCACCUUGGAGUCCCCUGGCAGCACCACCCCAGGGCCUCCCAACAUUAUUAGCUCAGUGUCUUGCAACCCAAACUCUCCAGGCAGCUCUGCUCUACCCCCCUGCAGUUGUGGGUCCCCUGGCAAUGCCAGCACAGCCUCCUGUACCCCAGGGCCCCCCGGCACCAGCUCCACUCCGCAGAAAGCUCCUUUCCACGGGUGGCGAGCAGCGCCUCCAGACUUUUCCUGCAGCUUUGAGCCCCCAUCUACAAAUGGGAGUUCUGAUCCUCUGCAUUGCCAAGGCACACCUGAGGGAGCCGAGCCGGAACAGAGCCCACCUGGCCUCCCUCCCAUUGAGACAAGUGGGCUGGAGCCUGCUGGCUCAGAAGCCACUGUCAUCCCUGUCACCUCGCCUGAAUCGACCCUGGGUGCUCUGUCCUGGAUGUUGCCACUGGUGUGGCAGGAGAAGACCCUCAACGCCUCGUUGCUGGUGGAAACCCUGUGGCACAGCCUGCCCCACAGCAAGCCACAGCAAGAUGCCAGCAGCAGUGUCACCCCUGUGCCCACUGCGGUCACCAGCACGACCCCUGUGUCCACUGUGGUCACUGGCACCAGCACAACCCCUCUGUCCACCGUGGUUACUGGCACCAGCAUGACGCCCAUAUCCACCGUGGUCACUGGCACCAGCACGACUCCUGUGUCCACUGCGGUUUCUGGCACCAGCACGACCCCGGUGCCCACCACAGCCAUUGGAACCAGCAUGACCCCAGUGCCCACUAUGGCCGCGGGCACCAGCACGACCCCGGUGCUCUCCGUGGCCACCGGCACCUUCAUGACACCUCGGGAUGUGUGGGAGAGGAGCAUGAACACAUCCAGGGGAAGCCUCCCCUGUGCCAAGGACAGUGCUGCUGAAACAGACUCCCUGCUCUGGCACUGUCCCCGGGAGUGGCUGAAGACCCUGCCACGGGCAGAGCUGGAGGGGAGGCUGGAGAGCAGCCUCAUCAUCAUCGAAGCGCUCUCGCUGCAGCUGCGUGACUGGCAGGAGAGCCAGCGGCCGCGGCCUGGCGUGGGGCCGGCCAAGCAGAGGGAUGCGCUCACACAGACGGACACCACCCACCCUGAAGGGAGCCAGAGCAGCCAGAGCCUCCUGUUCCAGGGCCUCGUGGACGCCGCUUUUCGGAGCUUGCAGGAUGAGCAGGGAGCCCUCGCGCAGGAGCAGGAGCAGGAAGGGACCCUGGUGUCCCAGUGCCAAGCUGUGCUUGAGAGUGUUCCCAGCAAGGUGCAGAGCUGUCUGGAAGAGCGGGAUGCCAUCAGGCAGAGACUGGAUGAAGCCCUACAAGCCAAGGAUCAGGGAUAUCUCUUCCUGGAGGCUUUCUGUGCCCACGCCAGUGCCCAGAUCAGUGCCCGUGACCAGAGCCUGGCAUCCCAGCAAGAGCUGAGCACGCUUCUGGUCCAUGCCACCAACCUGCAGGCAUCCCUGUCUGCCAAGGAGCAGUCUUUCUGGGAAUUCUUAGAUGUCAUCUUUGAAAAUCUGGAGAAGGAGAGGAGAGCCCUGGAUGAGGAGCGGGAGCAGACAAGGGCCCUGGUGUCCCAAACCCGUGCCCUGUUGGAGCGUGUGCCUGGCAAGCUGAGGAGCUGCCUGGAGGAGCUGGCUGCUGCACAGGAACGAGCAGAGGAAGCUCUUCAAGCCAAGGAGGAGGCAUCCUGCCAGCUGGAGAAGACCUUGGUGACCCUGCAGGACACAGGGGCUCAGCUGGAGCACCUGACAGUGGCCAAUUCAUGCCUAGAGAAAGACCUGAGCUCUAGAAAGGCAAAACUGGCCAGCAUGGAGAAGGAGCGGGAUGUGCUGCAGCAGAAGAACAAGAAGCAGUGGGAAGAGAUUGCCCAGCUGGCAAAGGAGACGAACUCCCUGCAGCAGGAGUGCAAGGAGCUGCGCCGGGAGCUGCGGGAGUCCACCGAGUGCCGGGAGUUCCUGAAUCAGGAGAACCAAAUGUACCAGACCCAGGUGCUGGAGAUGGAGGCCAGUCUGAACUCCACGCUGGCCACGCUGCAGGAGUGCGUCCUGCAGCGCAAGGAGCUGAUGGAGUCCCAGCAACGCCUGCGGGAAGAGCAGGCUGCCCUCAGCAAGGAGCUGAGCAGCACCAAGGCCGAGCUCCUCAACUUGCAGACAAAGAGGAACAAAGUUUCUUGGUGCUCCACGGACAUUAUGGAGAGCAAGACGCGGUUGCAGGAGCUUGCUGACUGCCUCAAGGCUGCUCUGGAAGAGCAGGAUGAUGAUGAUGCUCCAUCAAGAAGCAAAGCCUGGACCCCGGGCCCCCAGGCCCUGGGCUGGCAGACCCCACGUCGUGCCUGGACCCCACGCCGUGCCUGGACCCCGGCGUGCCGCACCCCGGCGUGCCACACCCCGCACCACGCCGGCAGCUCCUUUGUGGGCAGCGUCCUGAAAGCCAUGGCAGGGAAAGAUGCCAAUGAGACCACCAGAAGCGGGAGUACAGCUGCCAAGGACAAACUUGCCUCUGUGUCAAAGCCAAUAGAUCCCGAGGACACUCUGCUGGAGGGCGUGAAGGAGCUGAGAGCUGUGGUCUCCAGCCUUGCCAUACUGAGCUCUCGCAUCCAGGAACUGGAGCAGAGCGAGUUCAGGGCACUGCAGACAGAGAUCUCUGACCUGCAGUGCCGCCUGGACACGGUGACAGCUCAGAGCCAGGAGAGGGUGGAUACCCAGGCUGCCACCAUUGCCAAGCUGAACGAGGCGCUGAGGACCAAGCUUCAGAACGAGAAGGAGCUGCAGGACGUGGUGAAACAGCAGGAAAAGAAACUGUCACAACUCAUCAACAAGAGUGGGGAAGUUGCGAGGCUGGAGACAGAAGUCUUGCAGCUGAAGCGUCUGCUCCAGUAUGCAGAGACAGAGGCCACGGUGCUGUGGGAGGAGGUGAGGGGCAAGGAGCACCAGGUGGACACUGCCCACGUCCAGGAGCGCGUCAUGCUACGGCGAGAGGUGGAUAAACUGCGGCUGCUGCUCGUGGAAAAAGACAAUGAGAAUAUGCGGCUCAAUGACAAGUACCUGGAGCAGGUCCGAGGGCUGGAGGUGAAGCUCCAUCAUACCCAGAAAGUGCUGAGGACCCACGAGGAGAUGCAGGAGAAGAUAAAAGAGGCCCUGUUGGCUGUCCCUGAGGUGGCUGUGGGCUGCCAGGAGCUCCAGAGUCUGCUGCGCUAUCUGGGCCUGAAGCCAGCCAGCAAGGAAGCUGCUGAGCCGCUAUAGCCUGUAGCCUGAAACCUUUCCUGUUGUUAAUGUUGUAAUUAUUUAUUGAAUAAAGUUGUGUUGGCUUUUG